UAUCUAGGAUUUUGAGUUCUUUGAGGAUGGUAAGGAUCAUGGACACAAUGUUCGAGCAAAAGCUCGUUUACUUAGUGCACUUCUCAGGGACGAAGAGCGACUGCACGAGGAACGCACCAAAGCACUGUUAGCACGCGAUCGGCUCAUGCACGGAGGCCUGGGUACUACUUUGUCAUCCGGUGGUUCUCCUUCGCGCUAUUCCUCUCAGUGUCGCUCCAGCUUGACCCACAAUUAUCCUGAAAGCUACUACUUAGAUAAGCGCUCUCCGACGCAUCCUAAGUCACCCAUUUCACACUCGGCAAAUGAGUUGGAUUCUGUGCGACCUCAAUCAGUCGGAGAGGAACAGCUACAACUCCAGCUGGCCAUAGCAAUAAGCAAGGAAGAACACGAUCGCGAGGAACGAAGACGACGAGCUGAGGCUGCUAAAGAAGAGGCCAAGGUUCAAAUGGUAUUGGAACAAAGUCGUCGGGAAGGUCAAGAAACUUUCGACACACCACCGCUAGUCACUCCAGCUACUACGAACAACGCCUCAGGUUCGGGAACAGGUGUCGGAGGUGGUCUGUUCAAUUUGGUAGAUACUUCGUUGUCUGCUGCCCCAGCGCAUAUCCCUGAUCCCUGGUCAACUCCAGUCCCAAGCAGUAGCAGCGCACCACAAGCUGCCCCUAGUUCCUCGGCCUCCGUUCUUCCAAUUGACGAUCCAUGGAGUUCUACCGGUCCGUCAAGUUCGUUAAUCAUUCUCUAA